AUGAAGGAGGUCCGAUCAUCCUUAGGAGUUUUUGAGGGACAGGAAGGAAACCUCUUUUUUACAUAUGACCAGUCAUCUUUAGAGCAGGGCAGGUACUAUACUGCAGGGAAACUGACUGCCUGGUCUCUGAUUCAUGGAGGACCAGGCCUUAAAGCACUGGACCCAGCAUUGUAUUUGCUAAUGUGCGGUCAAGAUGCAGAUGUACAGAACUUCCAGUUUGAGGUGUUGCCAGACAGGGAGGUGCAGGAAAAUGUCCAAAAGAUUAAGCAGUGCAGCACAGAAGAUGAUUUGGUGAAGCUUAAACAAGAUCUUGGGGAAUGGAUCGCUGAAUGUGGAGUGCCACAGAUAUACAACGCUAACCUUGAAUGCCUUCCCCAAAUUUAUGGACAGAUUGUGAAGCACUUCAUUUUUCACAGUGCCGUUUUAACUACCAGAUCAUCGAACAUGAUAACGCAGUUUAAACAAGGGCUCAACUCUUGUGGCCAGCUGUGGGAGACGGUGGAAAGGCACUGGAAUGCCUUCAGGCCACUAUUUACCCACAAAGAGGGACAACUUACAAGGUUGUCAUUCCGAGCUCUUUUUAAAGUUGUCUGGAGUGAGGAGGGUUCCAACAGGCGGGAAGCGGAGGAGGACACAAUGUUUUCUUGGGAGUGUCUUCUCAGUUCAAUUGAAGAAAAACGGGUGCAGCUGACCUUUGAAGACCUCCUUACAUUUGUAACUGGAGCAGAUGCUGUGCCACCCCUUGGAUUUCCACAGCAGCCUGAAAUUCAAUUCUAUGACCAAGAGGGUGAAUUGAAACGGUUUCCCUAUGCCUCUACUUGUUCUACUGUGCUGUACCUACCUAGAGGUAGUUCUUCUGAGGAUGACCUUUUUGAAAUAAUUAUAGAGGCAGUUCAUGGAUCGGCUGGUUUUGGCAAAAUUUAA